GGGCCCUGCUUGGCGGCCGCGCCUUCCUCUCAUUUCCCCCGAGAGCUGCGUGUGAGGCGGUUUCGCGUUGACUGACCAGAGUCCGCGAGCCCCGCUUCCCUCAGGCCCGGAAGCUUCAUCCCCUUGAACCUUUAAGGCCACCCCUUGUUCAAAAUGUCUCUACACCAGUUCUUACUAGAGCCAAUAACCUGCCAUGCCUGGAACCGAGACCGAACACAGAUUGCCAUUAGUCCUAACAACCAUGAAGUUCACAUCUAUAAGAAGAGUGGCAACCAAUGGGUGAAAGCUCAUGAGCUGAAAGAACACAAUGGCCAUAUCACAGGCAUUGACUGGGCUCCCAAGAGCGACCGCAUUGUCACCUGUGGUGCCGACCGUAAUGCUUACGUCUGGAGUCAGAAGGACGGAGUGUGGAAGCCAACCCUGGUGAUUCUGAGGAUCAACCGAGCUGCCACCUUUGUGAAGUGGUCUCCCCUUGAGAACAAGUUUGCGGUUGGAAGUGGAGCUCGACUCAUAUCCGUGUGCUACUUUGAGUCUGAAAAUGACUGGUGGGUAAGCAAACACAUUAAGAAGCCCAUUCGCUCCACUGUCCUAAGCCUAGAUUGGCAUCCCAAUAACGUCUUGCUGGCAGCCGGAUCCUGUGACUUCAAAUGCAGAGUGUUUUCAGCCUACAUUAAGGAAGUGGAUGAGAAACCGGCCAGCACACCCUGGGGCUCCAAAAUGCCGUUUGGGCAGCUGAUGGCUGAAUUUGGCGGUGCGGGAAGUGGCGGCUGGGUCCACAGCGUCAGUUUCUCCGCCAGUGGCAACCGUCUCGCCUGGGUCAGCCAUGAUAGCACUGUGUCCGUUGCAGAUGCCUCCAAAAACAUGAUGGUCUCGCAACUGAAGACGGAGUUCCUGCCACUGCUGAGCGUGUCGUUUGUCUCUGAGAACAGCGUGGUGGCGGCUGGCCACGAUUGCUGCCCCAUGCUCUUCAACUGUGACGACCGCGGCGCCCUCACCUUCGUCUCUAAGCUCGACAUCCCCAAGCAGAGCAUACAGCGCAAUAUUUCGGCCAUGGAGCGUUUCCGCAACAUGGACAAGAGAGCCACUACGGAGGAUCGCAAUGCUACUCUGGAGACGCUGCACCAGAACAGCAUCACCCAAGUGUCCAUUUAUGAGGUAGACAAACGGGAUUGUCGCAAGUUCUGCACCACUGGCAUUGAUGGAGCAAUGACCAUCUGGGAUUUCAAGACAUUAGAGUCUUCCAUCCAGGGCCUGCAGAUCAUGUAAAGCUGGUUCCCCGUUCUCUAGCAAGACAAAACUCGCUCUGGCACCUGCACAGACUUGAAAAGGGAUGGUGAAGAUGGGUCACUUCGUGAAGCACUGAGAAAAUGAUGACCCGGCGGAUUCCCCCUCCCCUCUUCUUUUCAUCCCCCAAUUUUGGUGAAAUGUGUUGGUUUUGCAAAUCAGCUGUGAUUGUGUUAUAUAUUUGGGUUUGGUGUUUUUUAUUAUUAUUAUUUUUAUUAUUGGUUGUUUCAUUCCAUUCUUUGCCAAAGCUGCUCCUUGAAAUAGUUUCUUGCAGGAAGUAUGAAUCACUAACUUAAAAGGGGAAUUUUAUGUGAACUCGUCUGCUAGAAAAUAAAAGAGAAAAAAAAGCCA